AUGGCAGUGACUUCAAAGGAGGCAGCUACGUCUCCGAAGGCGCCCGUUGCAUCGUCACCACCAGCCGAGGCAACCCCUGCACCUGCAGAGGAGACUUCUACUGAACCACCCACUGCAGAGAACCCCGCCGAACCUGCUGAGGAUUUCCAUAACCCUGAUCAUUGGGCCAACUUGAAUGAGAACGAUGCGCCAGGAGAUGACGAUGCUGAUUCAGCGGUCGGCGAUGAUGCUGCCAGUUCGACUGAGUCGAUUUCUUCAAGCAUUCUUCACUACCGCACCAUUCAUGGGAGAACAUAUCACUCUGAGCGGGGAAAUGCCGAGUACUGGACACCAAAUGAUGAGCAUCAUAACGAAUCUAUGGAUAUUAAUCACCACCUCCUGUCUCUCUCUCUGGAUGCUAAACUUCAUCUAGCUCCUCUGAAGGAUGACAUUAAGAAAGUCCUAGAUGUUGGAACGGGAACUGGUAUUUGGGCUAUCGACUUCGCAGAUGAGUAUCCCAAUGCCGAAGUGGUUGGGACGGAUAUCUCUCCAAUCCAACCUGACUGGGUUCCGCCAAAUCUGAAGUUCGAAAUCGAGGACUGUACCCAAGAGUGGACUUACGGCCCCAACUCUUUCGAUUACGUGCACAUGCGCUAUCUUUAUGGAAGUAUCAGCGACUGGUCUGCCCUGUUCAAAGAGGCAUUUCGCGUUUGCAAGCCCGGCGGCUGGGUUGAGAGCUAUGAAGCCUCUCCUAGAAUGGAAAGCGAUGAUGGCACUGUAAACGAAACCUGUGCUAUCAACGAAUGGGGAAAGUUCUUCAUUGAAGGCGGGAAAAAGCUAAACCGCACCUUUGAGAUCAUCGAUAAGGAUCUGCAGCAGAAGGGGAUGGAGGAAGCAGGCUUUGUCGACGUGAAAGUCUGGGACUUCAAGGCACCUAUUGGAGGGUGGCCUCAGGACCCUCGACUCAAGCAAAUUGGGCAGUUUGCGCAGGCCGCGCUUGAACAAGACUACGAGGGCUAUGUUCUUUACAUGGCUAAUAUGGUUCUUGGGUGGACUAAGGAGGAAGUUUCUGUGUACUGCGCUCAAUUGCGACGCGAGAUCCGUUCUGGAAAGUUUCAUCCUUUCUAUCGCCAGCGGGUUGUUUAUGCAAGGAAGCCUGAAUAG